AAAAAUAGGUGAUUGGUAGACCAAACGGUCAACAAAAUUAGGAGUAAAAUACAAAUAUCUCUGUUUUUAAACCUUCAAUACUUCAUUCUUCAACUUUCUCAGAUAACUCAACUGGUAAAUUACCCUUUUCACCAAAACUAUGUACAAUGCUUUUCUAAAAAAAAAUCAGUCUCUUUUAUUUUCAGUUGACUGUAUGGAGAACCUUAAAUUCUUAGAUUACAAUUAUGUUAGUGGGAUUUGAGGAGAGGCAUGAGUGGUUUCUUUCUUGAAUUAGCCCAAGUUCUGUUUGUGGACUUACCUAAAGCACUGUUUCUUGACUUUGAAGACUUCAUUGAAGAACUCUGUUGGUAUUUGUUGGAUGCUUUUGAUUUUGUAGCCCACGAGUUUCUUGCUUUUCUUUUGGUUUUUGCAUCUUAUCUUCAACAAUUUAUUGGCUCUCUCUUUUUCCAAUUCGCUGUUUCGUAAAAGUUGUUAAGAAUUUAUUGUGUAGCUGGAUUAAGCAGUUGAACUACGAAGAUAAUAGGAGAAGUUCGAGUUGGUAGUGAUUAGUAAGGAUUCGCUUGAUGGCUUCAAUUCAAAAUACUGUUCAUUAUUGCUGUGUUUGGAGAGGUAAUCGGAGCUUGUAUGUUUAUAGCGGGGGAGAUCAUGAGAUUGAGAAAUUGGCGGUUUUGUCGUUAGAGAGUACUCCUCGGUAUCAUAAGUGGUAUUUUGAGACAAUUAGAAAGAGGACUUUCGGAUUUUUGAUUGAAGAUGGUUAUGUUUAUUUUGCGAUUGUCGAUGAGGGUCUUGGAAAUUCAGUCGUUCUUCAGUUUCUAGAGCAUGUGAGAGAUGAAUUUAAGAAGGUUGCUAAAAAGGGUUCAAGAGGAAGUUUUUCAGGAUUAAGCUCAAUCAAUGUACAAGAACAGUUUGUGCCUGUUGUGCGUCGAUUGAUAACCUCGUUGGAACAUAUGUCCGAAAGGGGCAAUGAUUGGACAACUAAAACUUCCUCAUCUGAAAAUAUUGGCCUCUCUCCAUCACCAAGUGAUGCUAAUGGACAAAUUGAAAUUAUUAGCUCUACUAAAGCUCCUCUACUGGGAAAAUCCAAUAAGCAAGACAAGAGGAAGUUGAAGGAUCACGUGAUUGUAAUGAGAGAUAUCGAGUCGGAGGAGCAUAAAAAAUCUACCGAUAGAGGAGUUAAAGUAGAUUCAAGCUCAUUGGAUUCUAAUAACCAAGGCGGAGUAGCAUCUCCAAUUUCAUUACAGAAGGAUUUGGGUUCAAUGAGGAUCAGGUCAAGCGCUCAAAACAUUCGGAAGAAGUGGUGGCGUCAAGUACGGAUUGUCCUCGCCAUUGAUGCCGGCAUUUGUUUGAUACUAUUCAUUAUUUGGAUAUCAAUUUGUGGUGGUUUCGGAUGUACCCGUUGAUUUGGAAUCUGAAGAUAGAGAUUUUAAUUUUAUUCUUUUACAUGAUUGGGUGGCUAUUGAGAGUAUAUAAGAAUCAGUUUUGUUGAGUGCAUAGAAGCAAUAUUUCAAAUUUCAAGCUUGCCAUAGUAACAGAUUCUCUAUAUAAAUGAAAUUUAAAAGUUUGAUCUUCUA